UUCGCAGUAAUAAUCAAAGGGAAUGGGAUUCCAUGGGAAUCAUUUCCUUUGUUGUUGUUUUCUUUUUUUCCAUUUCUAUCAUUCCCUUUCCCCUUUGAUUACCCAAAACCCUUCUACUCCCAUUCCCCACCCCCCUAGCCUUUCCCAUUCCCUUUCCCCAACCACCACCAUACCCACAUCAGCCACCCUUACCCACUUCUCGCCGGAACGUCGCCGCCCCUCAUUGGAACCUCGUCGCCCCUCCUCUCACUCGAAAAUUAUUCCCUCACCCAUGCAUAACUCUCCCCCUCCACUUAGAUUUGUCGGCCGCCUCUCCCCCACCCUUCAUCGCACCUCUCCUUUUUUUCGUCGGUCAUCUUCACUCUCAAAACCCACCAUCAAAAAACCUAAAAAACCUAAAAAAAAAAAAACCCAUCUCCCUCAUUGUAAAACGGCCGACCAACCCUCCCCCACCAUCAAAACCCUAGGCGCUAGGGUUUCGAGGGUAGGGGAGGGCUGGCUGAUGGGUUUUACGGGGAGUGAGACUAAAUUAUAGGGUUUUUCUGGGCUAAGAGAGGUUUUUUGGGGAAGGGAUGAGCUGCGCUGGGCCGGCAGGGGUGGGGGAGGGCUAGCGUAGGGCGGCGAAUGGUGGGAGAGGUGUGGUGAGUGGUUUGGUGGAUGGAUGGCGGCUGAAAAAGGUAGAAAGUUAAUGAAUUAGGUGGUUGUGUGGUGGUGGGACUAGUGAGAUUUUUUCUGGGUUAAUUAUAAUGAAUUUGUAGAAUUGCGCUUUGCUAAAUGUAUUUAUAUAUCCUAAAGUUUUUGAUUUAAUAAGACUAGAAGGUGUUACAAAAUGGGUAAUCAUUAGUCAUUACUAGUGAAAAAAAUUAAAAAUCCAUUGUUUUGAAAAAUGUAUGUAGUAUUAAAAAUGUAUAGUAUUAGAGUUUGUUUCAGAGAUUCCCAUUAAACGCCAGGGGAGAGUGCAUCAGUAUCCUGAUUUGAUAUCAGGAGCGGCGCACAAUAGGGCAUAUUUGUGAAUGACUGAGUCUUUCUUCACAUUGGUGUAUGCCUGUAUGAUGAAACUAGGAUUAGCUAUGUAGGGGUUACAUUUGUUGAGUUUUGGGAAGAUAUGGUUGAAUCAUCUGUAAAAUUUAGUCUUUUACAAGAGUUUACAUUUCUGGAGUUGGAUGGAAUAGCCUUAUCUAAAUUGGCAUUUGUACUAACUCUACAAAGAAUAUGUGGAAAGCUUGGCAUAUAGAAGCUGCCCUGGGUUUUGUUAGUAGCUCAUAACCAUGAUUGUGUAGCGCGAAUGCAACCUGGUGGAAAAACUUGUGUAAAAAUUGCAUUCACUCCUGACUCAAACGAAACACCAUUGUGGUGGACUGGCGGUAGAUACUAAGUCGAUUUAGUACAACAUAUAGUCCAGCCUCACUAAGAGUAUUCAGAUUUACACAUCUGCUCCUAUGGUUUUAUAUUAAGCAAAAAUUUCAGCAAUCAAAAGCAUUCUAUCCAGUGUGGUGAGCCUGGUGGCGUACAUUCUAACAGAGCUGAGUGUGUAUGCGCUUGGAUUGUCUUACUGAUGAGGAAGACAGUCUUCUCCAAGGCAUCAACAAGUAUCGAACAUCGUUGAACUUAACAGCCUUCACAAAGAAUGACAAUGCAGAAUGUCUUGCUGAACAAAUGGCUGACCAAUUCAAGGAUCAACCCUGUACAAACAGCACAGGGUCCAACACUGUACCAGGCACUGAGAACCAGUUUCCCAACUACCCAGACUUUCUAGCCCAUUGCCAUUUAAAUAUCAGCAACACCGCCGAUGGCAUGAUAAUGCCUGCUUGUGUACCAAACUUGGAUCCAACCCUCGUGCUUUGGAAUUUUACAAAGUCCCAGUAUUCAGGUAGCUUAAACGAUACCAAGUAUACAGGAGCUGGUAUUGCUUCGGAGGGUAAUUGGAUUGUUGUUGUUCUUACCACUAAUUCUUCAGAAGGCAGCUUUGAAACUUACAAGGUUGCCGGUUUCAUUUCUAGACCCAGUCACCUUUUCUACAUGAUUGUGUUUUUGGUGGGUUGUUUCUUUUUGUUGCAAGUUAAAUCGGAUGGUUAUACCUUUUUAUCAUUCAUUUUAUUUUUAAAUCCUCUCUUGAAACAGUUCUGUCAUUUGUUGAAAAAUUCAAAUGUUACCUCAUGUUAUUUGAAGACCUUUCAGUAAUGAAGAACAGAAUUUUGUUAAAGCUUCUUUCUUUCUU